UUCAACGACUUCAAGGACGAAAAUGACAAUCUCAAGGAAAAUAUUUGUAAGGACACAAUAGGUUUGUUACAAUUAUAUGAAGCUUCGUUUCUCGCUACAGAAACUGAAACCACUUUGAAAUAUGCAACAAGAUUCACAGCGGCACAUCUGAAGAAUUAUCUAGGCAAUCAUUGUGAUCAUAAAGACAAUCGAAUGGUCGCAUUAGCGCAACAUGCCUUGGAACUGCCUAGGCAUUGGAUGAUGCCAAGAUUAGAGACACAGUGGUAUAUAAGCAUUUACGAGAUUAUGUCAAAUGCUAAUCCUCUGUUGCUCGAGCUUGCUAAGUUGGACUUCAACAUUGUUCAAGCAGUACACCAACAAGAUUUGAGAAUUCUAUCAAGGUGGUGGAAGAGCACAUGUCUUGCAGAAAAGUUGUCAUUUUCAAGGGAUAGACUGGUGGAGAAUUUAUUUUGGGCAGUGGGGAUAGAAUUUGAGCCUCAACACAGCUACUUCCGAAGAAUGUUGACAAAAGUCAUUGCUUUUGUUGGAAUAAUAGAUGAUAUUUAUGAUGUUUAUGGCACUCUUGAUGAGUUGGAAGUUUUCACUGAUGCUAUUGAAAGAUGGGAGAUAAAAGCGAUAGAGCAACUUCCACACUAUAUGAAAGUAUGUUACCUUGCACUCUUCAAUAUUACCAAUGAAAUGGCAUACGAGAUUCUCAAAGAGCAAGGGAUCGACGUCCUACCCUACCUUACAAAAUCUUGGGUAGAUUUGUGCAAAUCUUUCAUACGAGAAGCAAGAUGGUAUUACAGUGGAUAUGUGCCAACUCUGGAAGAAUACAUGGACAACGCAUGGAUCUCAAUUGCAGUUCCCAUGGUAUUAGUUCAUGCAUUUUUCCUCGUCACAAAUCCAGUUCCCAAAGAGGCAUUGGAAUCAUUAAGCAAAUAUCCUGACUUAAUUCGCUGCUCUGCUACAAUUUUUCGUCUUGCCGAUGAUUUAGCNCAAUUUUUCGAUGAAUUGAAGAGGGGUGAUGUUCCUAAGUCAAUUCAGUGUUACAUGAACGAAAAGGGUACUUCCGAAGAAGAGGCGAGAGAACACAUACGUUUCUGUAUUAAGGAGACAUGGGAACGGAUGAACACAACUCAAAGGGAAAACUCGUUAUUUUCUGAUACAUUCGUCGAAAUUACAAAGAAUAUCGCAAGAACAGCACAUUGCAUGUAUUUGCAUGGAGAUGGGCAUGGAAUUCAAAAUGGCGAAGUUAAAAAUAGUAUCUCCAAAAUACUUUUUGAGCCUAUCACUCCAUUAUAUUAAGAGGUCCCAAGUACUUCGGCGCCUAAACAGUCUUCUCAUUACUAUUAAGUGUGUAUGAAAAUUAUUAUGUACUGCAUCUAUUAUCAAAAAAAUAAGACUCUAAACCUAUGCUUGCGCAAAAAUAAAAUAAAAAACAGCAUCUCAACGAAAGGUACCUCUGUUGCCCAAUUAUUUUUA